UAUAUUCUUUUUCUUUUUUCGAGCCAGCAUCAAUUAGUCAAACUGUGUGAGCAACUAUAGUUAUUAUGACAAUUUAUUCAUGUACAAGAUCACAAAAAAUGGAAAUGAGAAUCCAAUUAGUAGUCGUGAUUCUGAUAAGCCUUUCAGCAAGUUAUGUCGGAGCCCAGUCCCUAACUACCUACGCUUGUCUAAACAACGGAAACUACACAGUUAACAGCACAUACAGCACAAAUCUCAACACCCUACUCUCAUCUCUCUCCUCCAACAUCGCCGACGAUGGAUUCCACAACGACGCCUCAUUCGGCCAGAGCCCAGACAGUACCGCCAACGCUAUUGUCGUCUGCAGAGCUGACAGAACCCUCGACCAGUGCCGCACGUGCGUCCAAAGCGCUGCGGUUAGGUUAUUAGAGCUGUGCCCCAAUCAAAGGCAGGCUAUUAUAUGGUACGAUUUCUGUAUGCUGCGCUACUCAAACGACUCCAUUUACGGAACCCCGUCUUUCGAUCCAAGGUGGAUCACGCGCAAUGUUGCGAAUGUCCCGGAGAUCGGUAGCAUUGAUCGGUUAAGGGAGAAUCGGACAAGGCUGCUGCUGGACGAUCUUCAGUUCCAAGCUGUUUAUGGCAACACUGUAAUGAAGGUUGGUGCAGGGUCCAGGAGUUUUUCAGAUUCUACAACACUUUACGGGCUGGUGCAGUGCACCCCGGAUUUAUCCCCGUCGGAUUGCGCAUCUUGCUUGAUCCAGGCAGCUCGAAGCUUGAGUGAUGGUUUUGAUGCAAGGGGAAUGAGAAUACUGUUACCCAGCUGCUAUAUUCGUUAUGAGACUUAUCUCUUCUACAAUGAAACCAGGCUUCUCGAACUCCAUCUCGUACUUUUGCAGCCCACCCCAACACUUCCUGCAGGUAAGAAUGAUUGA